UGGGGGCUAUCACACGCGUGGCUGCACUAGUGCCGUGAGAUUCGUUCCGUGAUGGAGUACAAGCUGGAAACGGUGACCGAAUCGUUCGAAAAGUACCGGCCCCUACACUUUCCGCUGAAAGUAUGGAUUCUGGUGAAUGCCUCCGGCGGGAACCGGAUUCUGCGAUGGAACAAAGACAAAACGAUAAUCCUGCUGGAUCGGGAUGCGCUGGAAGAGUACCUGGAAACGGCCAAGUCCAUAUUUCGCUGCAGCAAACUAGCCACCUUCUUUUGGUUGAUGGAUUUCUAUGGAUUUGAAACGGUAGUGGCCGAGUCCGAUGGAAGCGAUGACGAAGGAAACGACGAAAAGCAUAUUUUGCUGUACAGGCAUGAUUCUUUCACCGGAGAAAAUCGAGCUUACUUCGAACAACUGCUUCGCAGCCGCCAGUUACGGGAGGUGAUCAGUAAACAGCAUGGAAACUGUUCCGUCCACCAGAGUAAGAUUCUCAAAAAUCAGAAACAAUGCGAAACAGGAGGAACCACCGCAAGAUCGCAGCUUUCGUCCAGCAGCUUUGCCCAGGAAAAGUUCAAUUUACUGAUGGAAACGAAAUCGUUGGAAUUGUCCAUUCGAGAAGCCUACGGAAAUCUUAACAUCGGCGACGACGGAAUGGUUCCAAUAAUUGAGGUUCCUGCCACAUACUGUGACGAGCCUGCCACUCAGGUUCCCGAGUACACAAAGCAACGAGUCAUCGCCGGAAACUACGGACAAGUUAAUCUGAAUGAGUUAAAGCGUUUCUUUGGAAAUUAUCUGCCAGUGUACGACGACUCGCCGGAGGCCCAACGGUCCAACGAACCGGAUGAAAAGCCACCGGUGACUCCAACGCGAUCCUCUCCAGUGGCACUGACGAAGUUGCACAAACGGCCGGAUUCGCCCAGACCCUCAACGUCACCACCGAAACCGGUCAACACACUGGAUACGUUUGACUACAACGAUGAAUCAACCGUUGAGCAGGAAAAUUUUGAACCAGUAGAUCCUAGCGAAUUUUCGCCGCUCACGCCGAUGGAGGAUUUGGGCUUCCCUAACGAUGAUGAUUCCAUAGCACCGGUCGGUUCGGGAGGCAACCAUCGGCACGAACAGCUCGACGAGUCCCAGUAUCAGCUGUGUGCCGAUAUUCGACAGACUUUUGAGCUGUUGAAUCAAUUUUGAAAAAACGAAUGAAUUGUAAAUAUU